GCAACAUCGUUAUCCAAGCCCACUUGUACAAGGUUUUGCCACCAUGCCCCGAACUCCGUUCUCCCGUUCGGUUGCAACCCAAAUCGUUUCGGCUCUGGAGGCAAAUAGCAAGGCCGCCGAGUCUGUUGCCGAGCAAGUAUGGAACUCUGCUAGGCCUCGUCUGUUGUCCACUGUCGCUCGCGCCGAGGGCAGCGGCAGCCUGCUCCGCAACGUCGCGCGCAGUAGCAGCAACUCGUCCCUGCUAAAGCCCUGCAGCUGCGGCAAGCUGUUUUGCGCCGGCCACGCUAACUCUAUGUCCACAGUCUCCUCCGCUGCGCUCGCUCAGCCCGCUUGGGCCACCGACGAGCGCGCUCCCGGCCUGGCUGAGCGCCUUGCUGAGGUGACCAAGCACUUCCCCACUGCGCUGUCGGUUGACGACUUCAUGGCCCGUGUGGAGGUGGCCCUGGCUGGCUACGGAUUUACCGGCGAUAACAGUAUUGCCAUGAGCAACCUCUGCCGCGACGAGUCCUGCCUGAUCCUAGAGGACAAGAUCGAGGCGGCGUUCGGCUCGUGCUUCAGCACCCACGGCCUGGGCGGAGUGCUCACGUGCGGCGUCAUCGGCAUGAAGGCCGGGCUCUCGCACUCGCCUGUCGUAGGGGGCAAGGAGCGCUACGUGUUCUUCUCCUUCCCGCACAUCGCCAUCGACAGUGAGGGCAAGGUGGGCGCCGUCAGCCGCCCCAACCGCCCGGGAGCCAGCGCCGCUUGUGGAGCGCUCAUUGCGUGCAUGGGUGACCUGAAGCGCGACGGGCUGGAGGCCAGCUGCAAGGCCCCCGGGCAGCACGACCCGCUGGAGCCCGAGUACUCCAUCCUCAAGCAGCGCAUCGCCCGGCGCAUGGCGUUCGAGAAGACCGACCCACGGGACUGCAGCCUGGUGGAUAUCACCAAGGCGGCGGAGCGAGUCAUCUCAACCGACCUGGAGUACCUCAUCUCCAAGGCCGUUGACCCCGCAAAGGCCGACUACGCCGUGUUCACGGGCGUGCAGAUCCACAACUGGGCCGCCGACCUGAACAACAGCGACGUACCCUCCCUGGAGUUCGUGGGCGUGGGCCGCAGCUAUGUGGUGGUUAACGGAGAAAAGGUGCAUCUGAACCUCGCCAAAGUGCCGGCGCUGUCGCCCCGCCAGCUGCAAAUCCUGGCCUCCGCCUCCGCCGCGGACGGCCAGGCCGCCACUGCCGCCGCCGCCGGCAAGCUGGUUCAGGAGAUCCCUCGCGACUACCUCAUGAAGCGCCUGGGCGGCGCGCAGAGCCGCAGCCAUGUGGACGUGGGCACUCCCGCUUGGGGCUCCUUCGUCAAGACCGACUUCAAAGACCCGCACGCCGGGGCGCCGCAGAUGGACGACGACAAGGCCGUUAACACCUCGUUCUUCUGGAAGAAGUGAGGCGUGACAAGAGUUCCAAACGCCCCCGACGUAUGGUGCCAACGUCGGCUGGGAAAGAUUGGAAGGCGGUAUGCGUGUGCGGACAUCUGUCGUAGCGAGAGACCUAAAGCUUAUCAAUUUUGUUAAUUUCUUUGUUGUGGGGAAAACUGCCGUGAGGGAUGGAAGUUUACCAAGUGAGCAUGGCAGAGCGUGGUGCAAGUAAGGCAGGGGGGUAGUGAACAUGAUGAGAUAGGAACCUGAUUUACUAUAUUGGAUGACCAGACAUAUCGUGAGGUAUGCUGCGGUACAAAACGACUACAGACAUACGUUGCAGCCGCAUGAAAACAUGCUAAUCGGUAACCACAAGAGGAGAUGUACCACCUGGGUUGAUUGUGGAUUCCCUCAGGUUAUCUACGACACGUGUGUAAAACAACUAAAC